CCUUCGCCAUCGUUCCGAUUCCAAUCCCGAUCGUCCCGUUCCCGAUCGGGAACGUACAGCCCCAAGUACACUCCGGAACCACCGGCGAUGGCUACCCGUUCACCAUCGUGCGAGUCUUGCGAGUACACGAACGCAGCCGUUGUGGAGGAACAGCUACGGCAGAUGCAGAAGCAGCUGAACGAGAUCAGCAUCAUCCCGAUGCAGAUCCAGGCCACGCUCAGCUACCUAACGAAAGCGCUGACCAAAUUUGCUCCUCCGGAGUUGCAACGGGAGCUUCCGGCGUCGCUUCGCAGCAGUUUGGUACGGGAAACCAUCCCGGAGGAAUGCGAAUCGUUCGACGAGGAAGAUGAGGAGGAAGACUGGCGCAAUUCGGAAGAAAACGAGGAAAAUUUAGCGGCCAUACUGGAGAUGUUGUUCGAUGAAUCGGAGGUGUUGGACGUUGUCCCUCCCAGGGAGCUAGACGAGGAAUAUGACCGGCGAGAGGAUGGUUCGGACGAGGAUCAGGAUCCGGACAUCAGCGAAGAGGAACGCCUCAAGCAGGAGAAGUUGGAGCGCGUGAGCAAACUGGAACAGUCCUGGCCGUGGAGUCAAACGGCGAAGCCGAUUCAUAAGAGAUCUAACUGCCACCUGGUGCCGAGCGUGGCAUUGGAAAAGUCCAAAAUCAAACAGCUGACCGAGGAGAAAUUGCCAUUCUACAACAGAGGUUACCGUCAGAGGGUUGGCAACUGAU